CUUCGAGAUCGCCGUUCGUUGUCCGCACUCGGGUGGGUCCAGCCGUCUGAUGGGGCGCGAACGCCAUCGCGCUGCGUGAUUCGUGCGGAGGUAGCGAGCUUACGGUGCUCCGCGUGGAGUCACAUUUCGCCCGCUUGCCGAUGGCGAAACAUCGGUAAGUGGUAAGGUCUGACGGUGACCGGGGGAGAAGACCUGUCGGGCCGAAGCCAGACCGACGUUUCCGGCUAUAAAUAUGGAGGUCUUCGGAGCUGCUUCCCUUCACCUCGAAGUUUUCUGGUGUAGAUGGCGGCGGCGACGGGCGGAGGAGCGCGCGGGGAGGGGCACUUCCGCGGCGUGCGGAAGCGGCCGUGGGGGCGGUUCGCGGCGGAGAUCCGCGACCCGUGGAAGAAGACGCGCAGGUGGCUGGGGACCUUCAAUACGGCGGAGGAGGCGGCGAGGGCGUACGACGAUGCCGCACGCAGCCUGCGCGGCCCCAAGGCGAAGACCAACUUUGGAUCCGCCGGCGAACCGCAGAUCGCGUGGGGGCCGACGCCGACUCCGCCGGGCUGGGGAUUGGGGGGGAUCGGCGGGCGGGAUCUGUCGCUAGGGCCCACGGAGGGCGGCGAAUCAGGGAGCCCUGGGUGCUGGAAAAUCGAAACCGUCGAAGUGGUGGCGGAGUCGUGGGUUCCGCAGGAGAACACCUCCGCUGCCACCACCGCCGGCCGCGCGCCGGAGGCGAAGACGCCCUUGGCGUUCGAUCUUAAUUUGCCGGCUCCUUCAUUUUGAUGUAGAUCCUACGGCUGCGAUGCCUUCGAUAAAAGUUUUCGAUUUUUUUUUGUAAGCUGUAGAGAAGUGGUUCAAUUACGAACCGGUUGUUCGAUCCGAGAUUAGACCAGUCCGGUUGGAUUUUCAAUAUCA